GAGCAGCUCCUCCCUUGGAAUUUGGGGGGCAGCCGUAUCCCUGGGGAGCAUCCCGGGGGCAGGGGGCACAAAGCUGCCAUACGGGCCCGGCUGGGCAGAUUCAUGGAAGGCGUUUGGAGCUUUACCUUCGACACGGGAGCGCCGCGGGGCCGACCUGCCGAGCCUCCUGCCGCGGCUGCCGGCAGGCUUUGAAGCGGCGCUGGGAAUAUAAAUAGCUGGAUGGCGCGGCACGAUGGGCGCAAAGCAAGUGUUGUCACUGUGUCCCGGAUAAGGGAAGAGGAGGAGGAGGAGGAGAGAAACCGCUGGGCAAAAUAAACUGCCUGCGGAUGAGCCCGGCAGAAAAGCAGCUCCUCGCCGAGGCUCAGCAGCCUUCGUAGAUAUUAAGGGAAAUGUUCAUCUGGGAGGAUGGCACAGCCUUCGCCGGGUGCUGGAUCAUCCAACCUUCCUCUAAUCCGUCGGGGCUCCCAUUCCCAGCCCGGUGGGACCCCCCUGCGCCGGUCCCGGGCUGCUAGCAAGUACAACUCCCAGUACCACAAGCUGUUCAAGGACAUCCCGACGGAGGAGAGCGUGCUGAAAGUUUGCUCCUGCGCGCUCCAGAGAGACAUCCUCAUCCAGGGAAGGCUUUACAUCUCCCCCAACUGGCUCUGCUUCUACGCAAACCUUUUUGGGAAGGACAUUAAGGUUGUGAUCCCAGUGGUGUCUGUACAGCUGAUAAAGAAGCACAAGACUGCUCGGCUGCUGCCCAACGGCCUGGCCAUCACCACCACUGCCAGCAGAAAGUACAUCUUUGUAUCCCUCAUCUCUCGUGACAGCGUCUAUGAUGUCUUGAGGAGAGUCUGCACCCACCUGCAGGUUUCCAGUAAGAAGAGCUUGAGUCUGAAGGAGCUGUCGGAGGAGCCGGACUCCGUGUCACUGGAGGUGAUCGUCCCUGAGGGCAAGUGGAGGAAGGUGUCACCUACCUCACUGUCACUGUCACUGCCAGAUGCCAACUACCAGUGCAUCCACCGGACCUCUGUCAGCAGCCUGAGCGCCAAGGAGAGCUCCUUCACCUCUGAGGAGCCACUGGUUUCAGAAAGUGCAAUAAAUACCGAGGAAGAGCUGGAGGCAGAGCAGAGCUGUGUGGCAGAGCUGAGACCCUCUGACUACCAGCUCCUGAAGAUCUUCAUUGUGCUCAUCUGUCUCCUGGUCGUGUCCUCCUCAUACCUGGCGUUCCGCAUCUUCCGUCUGGAGCAGCAGCUCUGCUCUCUGAAUCGGGAUUACCUCUCCCGCGGGCACAGGAGGUGACCGUUCCCCAGGCGCUGGCUGAGGAUGGACACUGAGGUAGUGGUGCCCUGCCCAUGGACCCCGGUGCUGUGUCCUCCCAACCGUGGCUGUUACACGUGGUCUGGCUUUCUCUCGGCCGGUAAACUGGGACCAAGUAUUUUCUCUCUUCCUUCGGGCACUCGCUCCUGGUGGGACUUUCCAGCCAGCUUCUGGCCACCAGUGCCAACUCCCCAUCCCACUGGAAACCUGUUUUCUCCCUGGGACACUGCUGUGCUGUAGCACUGGACAAUGGCUCGAGGCUGCCGAGCACUUGGAUCUUCCCUUAGGACUUGCUGCUAAAAUGGAUGCUGGUUUUUAUUUCAGGCAUGGUUUUUUCAUGUUAAAAGAUGACCUUGGGCUGACCAGGAACCCCCAAAAAUGUGGAUGAGUUGCAACUGCUGCUCUGGGAGAAAGCCACCUAUUUGUCCCUGUCUCAGCAUCCCUGGGAAUGUGCCUGGAGGAAUGGCCCUGAAGACAGGGAUCUGUGGGGAUGGGGGGAAAGGGCCCACUAGCCCUGUGUGGUGUCAUCUAUCCCAUGUGGGGGUACAAGGCAGGGCCCCCCAGCCCUUCUCUCCUGGAGCACCAGGCUCAGAGAGCAGGGGGAUGUGUGUGUGUCCCUUGCAAAGCACUUUAAGGUCCCCCAGACCAGGUGUCCACGCUGGGUUCCACACCUGGCCCAGGUGUGCUCACUCCAUGGAGGCGUUGGAAGGGAGCCCAUGGCUGGCACUGGGGAAUGGCCUGGAGAACAGCGUCUGUGCCUGGUUCAUGUUAACCUUCCACUGCAUGGAGCUGAGUGCUGCAGGAUUUGUCCUGCAGGAUUUGUCCCACAGUCCCCCUGGAGCACACUGGGGCAGCAAGUGAUUCCUGUGGGAUUCCUUCGGGUUUUCUUUCCUGUUUUUUUGGAACUACAAGUGCAGACGGGGCCAAAUCCCAGCGCCCUGGGGAAGAGCUCACUGCUCCCUCCGGGCUUGGAACGGCUUUUAAAUGAAAUGAAAAUAAACCCAGGAGUUUCUAGCACAUCACUAUUUCUCACCAGCGUCCUCCACAGCAGUGUUAGGCUGUGAGCCCCAAAAUCAGGCGCCCCAAAAUCUGUGCUGUCCCAGUGCCCCUUUAGGAUGUGGAUGUCCUCUCAUGGGGACAGGGAUGCUCCUGACCGAGGGGCCAAGGUUAUUGCGCUAGAUGGCAGCAGAGACUGCGGGAUGUGACCUGCUGGUGGCAGGGCCACCACCCUGGGGACAGCGGUGCCGGGGGGAAGGAGCUGAGUUGCAGCCCCACCCUGCUGGGGUGGGCAGGGUGAGCCUUCCUCUUUCUCCUCCUCCUCCUCCCUGCACAUCCAUUAAAUUCCAUUCCUUUCCCUGGCCUGGCCCAUGCAGCAAAAUGCGUGAAAACGGCCCAACUUGAAAACCACGGUGGCAUUGGUUAAGUGGGGACAAGGGGUGGUGUCACCUGCUGUGGGCGGGGUUUGGUACCCGGGGGUGCCUCGGAGGGAUGGUCUGGUUUCUUCAAAGCCCUGGCAUUAUGGGGCUGUCAGAGCCUUUGAUUCCGUGGGUGACCUGGAGGAUGAAAGGCGCCAUCCUGUCCCUGCCAGGGACUCACCCAGCUCGUUUACCCGGUGGAAAUGGGUUUAGGGUUGUUUUUCCAACAAACGAGUUGGUGUUCAGUGGGUCCAACCUCAAAGUGAGGUUCUCGGCCCCAAGAAGAGGUUUAGAGGACUGGGUGGGGGAUUGG